AUGGGGAAGCCGCCGUUCGAGAUGGGGGGGCGCCCGGCCGACGAGAACCUCCCAGAGGCGGUUCAGCACCCGCAGCCGCAGCCGCCAAUGGCGAGCGCAACGCCGCUGCCAGAAGUAGUGCCUGAUUCAUCACCAGAAUUCGCCCAGCCACGGCACUACAUGGAGACGGACAAGUAUCCAGUGUAUUACGACGCGGCGCCAAAAUUUCCACACGAACCGCAGACGCCAGGGAUGCAAGGGAUGCCCUCGCCCGGCCACCAAAGCCACCAACCAUGGACCGACGCCGAGCACUCAGUCAGCAUGAUGAGUCCCAACAGCUCCCUGCCGUGGCAAUCGUUCCCUCCUGGUGACGAUCAGCAGACAUAUGUCGGCAGCGAGCCGCCGGCGCCCGAGAAGCGAAUCUGCGGUCUCCGCAAGCGCCUCUUUAUCAUUAUUGCUGUGAUUGUCGCGCUCGUAGUCGUGGGGGCGGCGGUCGGUGGCGGCGUCGGCGGAUCCAUAGCCGCGAGGCAGGGGUCGUCAGACGGCGCCGAACCAGCCGAAACGAGCUCGGCAUCAUCGAGCAGCGCAACCGGCACCAGCACCGACACCGGCAGCACCACCACCACUCCCACAGCAUCCUCGACAGUCUCCCGCGGCCCCGACCUGCCCACGCCGACCAUCUCGUUUCUCAGUAAUCAAACAGACAGGACCUACAAGGGGUACGCGCUCCAAGUCUAUGAAAAGAAUGAUUUUGAGGGCAAAGCGUCCCCCAUCUUCUGGGACGAGGGCUUUUACGAUCUGGGGUUUGACGCCACAAGCUGGAUUUGGGUCCCCAACGGCCUGGAUGCCUGCGUUACCUUUUGCGCCAACAAAACGACGAGAACUGGGUUCGCCUGCACGGAUCGGAGGAAGCACGCCACCGACGACGGUAUAUCGUUCAAGCGGGUUUCCGUCUGGCGGGGAGCUUGGCAGAACGGACGGGACGGUUGA